CCACUAGUGGCAGCUAAGAAGUUCCAGCGAAUCCAAAGCCGAUGGCAUCUUUGUUCCAUUCUGUAACCCUCGCGACCCCGAGCAAGCCUUUCCCGUUCACUUCUUCUCAUCCCCAAUUGGCCUCCGUUUCUAUAGCUCCGAGGCCACCCGCCUCUGAUGGCCGCUUCCUUGUCCUUCGAUAUCUCUACCACGCUUCCAGACCCCGAUCCGGCCGCCCCCGUCUCUGCUCAUCGGUCUCUGGAGUACCAGGAGAGGAGGACCCGGAACCCCUAGUCCAGGAGCUCAGGGUUCCUGACGCUUGGUUGAUCCGUUCGAACGCCAUGAGGGAAUCAGAGUGGCUCAGAGUAACAUUGCACAAAUGGCUGGACGAUGAGUACUGCCCGGAGACUACCAAUAUAGAGAUCAGUAAACUUGCUGCACGCUCAUUCUAUGAAUCUUUGAUGGCAAAGCAGACUGACUUGGGUGAAAUAUUGCUGAAGAUGGUGAGAGAUUUGGAAACUCUUUCUUACCAGGAAAGCUUUCAUGGACCAUUCUCAGCAGCCAAUGCAGCCAUGCAUUUGAUAACUUCAAGGAUGGAAUUAAUGGCGGAUCAAUAGAAUCAUAGACGUCACUUGAUAGAGUUGUGCAGGCGGUUGUGUUCAAAUUAUGUUAUUUGUGAUUUGUGUGCCUCCUAAAAGAGCUCGAUCAGAAACAUUUUCUAAGAUAUUGUAGCUUGCCAGUUUUAAUUAGACCAAAAAGGGGUUAUGAUUUUAUAAUGCAUUUUAUGACAAAAAUAUACCAAAAGGAAGUUUUUGUUUCA